AUGUCGGACUCAAUAGACGAAUAUUUCGCCGUUGCUUUAGAACUAGUAAGCUCAGCAGGAAACCUUAUAAAAGAACAUGUAACUGGGUGCAAGGUGUUUGAACUCAAGUCCUGUGACAUAGAUUUUGUGACUGAAAUUGAUAAAAAAGUAGAAGAGACGCUAAUAGGAGGCCUUUCAAAGAGAUUUCCCGAACACAAAUUUAUUGGUGAAGAAUCGGUGGCGGGUGGCGCUAAGUGUAUCCUUACCGAUGAUCCUACCUGGAUUAUCGAUCCUGUAGAUGGAACAAUGAAUUUCGUCCAUGGCUUCCCACAUAGUUGCAUUUCCCUUGGAUUAGUCAUCAAUAAAGUAUCCGUUGCAGGCAUAAUCUAUAACCCAAUAUUGGAGCAGUUAUUUACCGCGAAAAAGGGCCAAGGCGCCUUUUUGAAUGGCCGACAGAUCCACGUUUCACAAGUUAAAGAGCUCUGUAAUGCUCUCGUUGCAUUUGAAGCCGGAACCAGCCGUGAUGAAGAGAAAGCAAAAGUUGUAUUUGAGAAUUACAAGCAGAUUGUUAGCAAAGGACAUGGUGUCCGUGCAUUGGGGUCUGCAGCCCUUAAUAUGGCUAUGGUAGCUCAGGGGGGAGCUGAUGCAAACUUUGAAUUUGGUAUUCAUGCUUGGGAUGUUGCUGCUGGUGACGUCAUAAUCAGAGAGGCUGGUGGUGUCUGCAUAGAUCCAGCAGGAGGCCCCUUUGACAUACUGUCACGAAGAGUUCUGUGUGCUAGCACUCCUGAGCUAGCCCAGGAAAUAUCAAAAGUAUUAACACAAUACUAUCCGGAGCGAGAU